GAAAACAUUCCUUUUCGCAUUUACUGGUUGACCCAAACGCCACCCUCACCUGAAUUCGUCACCAUCAACAAGGAGAAGAAAGCAUAUGUUUCUUUUUCUUUUUCUUACUUUCCCACUUUCCUUCCUAUAAUCAUAUUCUGAAAGACCAAUGGAAACUGGAUCACAAAUAUCAGGCCUUCCCAGUUAUCAACUUCAACUCUCCUUCCACCUCUCAAAUGCACCUCCUCUUCCCCAACCCAUCCACCAAAUGGGAUUCGUUCACUUCCAAGACCACACCCAGGUUUUGAGCUUCUUGUCACCCAAUACCGCCGCCACCGCCACCAUGCCACCUGCCUUUACAACUUCUGCUCACGCCCAUCUCGUUAGUAGACCUUCUUGGAGCAACGAGCAGGUGGGAACACAGGAUCCGAAGCCCGGCAACGACGAGAACUGCAAUGGUAGCGCUAGCGACGGCAGCAAUUCAUGGUGGAGAAACACAAAUGCAGAUAAGAGUAAAGUGAAGGUGAGGAGAAAGCUGAGAGAGCCGCGUUUCUGUUUCCAGACCAGAAGCGAUGUAGAUGUGCUCGACGAUGGCUAUAAAUGGAGAAAAUAUGGCCAGAAAGUCGUCAAGAACAGCCUUCAUCCUAGAAGCUACUACCGUUGCACGCAUAGCAACUGCCGAGUGAAGAAGAGGGUGGAGCGACUGUCGGAAGAUUGCAGGAUGGUGAUAACCACGUACGAAGGUAGACACAACCACUCCCCUUGCGACGACUCCAAUUCUUCGGAGCACGAGCCCUUUACAUCCUUUUGACUUCAAUCAAUCACUUUACCCUUCUCUCUACCUCUACCUCUACCUCUACCUACAUUUUUAUGUAUAAUUUUCUUUUAUCUUUGCUUCCUCAUUUCAUUUCGCCUUUCUUUGCUUGUAUAAUUAUUUCUUAACUUUCUCAUUUUUCCUUUUCCUUUUCUGAGAAAAAUAUGUAUUUAGUUGUUUAGACAUGAGAUGACAUGAGAAAAUGAGAAGGACCCCACUCCACUCCACUCCAAAU